AUGUAUCUUUUUUUUCUGACUCCUUACAUAUAUGUACUAAUAUAUAUAAUAUUUAAUAAUAUACUAGUAUCAUUUUACAGUUGUUAUAUUUUAUUAAACAAAAUCAACGUCGUACCAUUGCUCAUAAAAAACAACAAAGGGAUACAUAAAACUACUAAUAUAUUUUCCUCCCUUGAUAGGUUACAUAAAAGAAUAAAUAUAAAAGGGAAAAAAGGAAAAAUAUGUUCUCUUCAAAAAUUAUAUUGGAUAAGCAACGAAGGGAAAUAUAUGCCUUUUCCAAAUAAAAAAAAAAAAAAAUAUAAAAUUUUGCAAAAUGUUAAUAAUGAAGAAUACUUGGAAGAGGGGAGAAAAACAAAAAAAAAAGAAAAAAAAAAAAAAAAAAAAAAAUUAAUCAAAGGAAAUAAUGAAGUCACCAAAAGAAAUAAGGACAUAAAUAAAGAAAAUAAUAAAGAAUACAAUAAGGAAAAUAAUGAAGAACAUAAUAAAGAUUAUAAUAAAACACGUAUUGUUAAAAAAAAGGUGAAAAAAAUCUCUAAGGAUGUUCUACAAAAUAUAGAAGAAAACAAAUGUUUAGGCCAAAAAGAAAAGCAUAAAAAAGAAUUAGAAAAUGAAGAAUUUGAUUUAUUAAAUUAUUUUCGAAUGGAAGAAAAUUCUUUAAAAAGUCAAAUAAAUCCAGAAAAAAGUAAAGAUAUUAUUAGAAGUGAACAUUUUCAACAAAUGAUGAGUGAUUUAAAUAUAAAAGAAGAUGAUGUUUUACAAAUGUUGAAAAGGAGCGAAAAGGAUGUUACACAUUUUAUUAAUAAAAAUUUAACAUUAGAUGAAAUACAAAAGAAAGCUCAAAGUGAUGAUGAACAUAAUGAAAAAUUAUUUGAUAUAUAUAUGAAUAAUAAAAGUAUAAAUUUUUUAGAAAAUAUUAAUUUUAAAAGAAUAGGGAAAAAAUAUAAAGAUAUUGUUAAAGAAGUUAUUGAUAUCUUUAUAGAUAAAAAUUUUAAUUUUAAUGAAUUAAUAAAAUAUAUAGACGAAGAUGAACAAAAAAAUAAUUGUAUAUAUAUAUUAAAAGAAAACAUUUUAUUUAAAGAUUUAGAUAAUGCAACUUUACUUGAAAUUAUAAAAAAAUCUAUUUUAAUUGCAUAUUUAAAUAUAACAUUUUCAAAUGAUAUACAUAAUUAUGACUGGAAUGCACAAAUAGAAAAUUACAUAACUACAUCAUUAAAUACACAAUAUUAUAGAAUAAAUGAAAUAUCUUAUUCAAACAAUAGUAUAAAUAUAAAUAUAAAAUAUAUUAAAAAUGAUAAGGAUAAUGUAAACCAACAUGAAGAAGUUGAAUAUAAUAUAAAGGAUUCAAUAAGACAAUAUGAGCAUAAUAAUAAUUUAAAUAUCCUUUCUAAUUUUAACAUAUUUAUAUAUUUUACAUGA